AAGAAACGAGACAACAGACAUUAUUUCCGGCCACGCAGUGCCUAGGAAAUUAUAAUUUAUCAGUGAAGCUUAAUGACGUCGUGCGUCGUUUGUACGACACACAGUAUGGCACAAACGGCGAAGUAAGUCGCGUGAUAUUUAAGUGCGAAUCUUUAUAUUACGCCGUAAUUGCACGCGAUAAAGUUGGAACAUCAUUCGACCCUGGUUCAUUUCUCGAUCAAUAAAGGAAUUAAUCUUAAAGGAAGGAUGAUCAAACUGUGCUUAAUUCUCCCGGUUGUGGCUAUUUUGAUCGACAACCACGUGGAGGCGAGGAUUCUGACUCAAUGCGAAGCCGUGCAAGAGCUUCAAAAAGCUCAAAUCCCGAGAACCUACAUCAGCAACUGGGUCUGCCUGAUGCAGAGCGAGAGCGGAAUGAACACACGGUUGGUCACUGGUCCAAAAACAGCCUCGAGCUACAGUUUCGGAAUCUUCCAGAUCAACAGCGCGAAAUGGUGCUCCAGGGGGCACAGCGGAGGGAUAUGCAACAAACGUUGCGAGGAUUUCGCGGACGACGAUAUAAGGGACGAUAUCGAAUGCGCCAAGAAGAUUCAGGCUAUGGAGGGAUUCAAAGCGUGGGACGGUUGGAUGAAGAAAUGCAAGAACAAGCCGUUGCCGAAUAUUGGAAACUGCAAACGACGAAAACGAUGGUUGGAAAUAUUAUUGGAAUUGGAGCAAUAAAAUUUCUUCGUCGUUGAAUUAUCGGGUAUCGGUUAAUUAACGAAAAUUGUAAAUUACAAAUAUGAUGUAAGAUGAUUGUUCGUACAUCGCCAUCAUUCGAUAAUUAAUUGUUCAAUAGAGAUGAAAAUAUAAAGCGUUUUAUCUAUUA